UAUAAACACAGUGUGACAUCAUCUGUUUACAGUUUUCUGAGACUCCGCUGAGAAACUCCUCCGCUUCCAAAUGGCGACAGACAUGGAAAGAUUCGUCUCUUUCGAGGAGACGUACUACGAUCAGUACGACUAUUACAACAUGCUGGAGUACUCCUGCCAUGCAUGUGGCAAAGGCCGAUCCAAGAGGGAGAUCGAGCUGAACACAAACCGCCAUUCCCCCUCAGGACACGAGAGGAAGAUAGCGGAGAAAUUUCACAACAGCGAGAUUAAGCGCAGGAUAACGAAGAGCCCGUCGUCUUGAUGGCCUGUUUAUCGACGUUUACAGAUCCGGACUGAAAUUGGAUUUCUGAUGUUGACCGUGACCAAGUGUCUGCCUCUCCUGUCCCAGUGAAUGGAGCUCGAUGACAAUGGGAACCUUCCCAGUAAUGAGUCACGAGACUGGCCUCCAUUCCAUACUGUACCCUGUAACAUUGCGUGCUACAGUCACGUUACAGCUGUGCGAGAAUAGUUUGUGGUGAGCUAUAUAGGUCAGUGGUGUGUGUGCUUGAUAAAUGUAUAUGAAUAGAUAUGGUCGCCUCUGUGGGUUCAGAGGUCAUGUACUGUAUUUUAAAUCAUUAAUACAAUAAAAGUGAUGUUAUCUAAA